ACACCAAGCAAUACUAGCACCCACACCAGCACCGAGUAUCCACCCAGAGUACCCGCAUCUCGAACAAUCAUGGCUGUUUCUAUAUUCCAAAGGAAGAAGGACCUUGGGUACCUGGUCUUUUUCGUCAUACAUCUGCCCGUCAUGCUAGCAUUCGACCUGACAGGCUACUACCCCCUCUCCAUCAAGCCCACGUGGAUGACGACUGUCCGCGAAUGGUACGUCGCCACUUACGGUGAUCGCUUCUUCUACGCCACCCCAGCCUGGUUCUCCGCCUUCACUUUCCUCGAACUAAUCUACCAUGUCCCCGUCACCCUCUGGGCUAUCCCCGCUUUGCUGCGCAACGACCCGCGUGUACCUCUGGUGCUGCUGGUUUUUGGCCUCGAAGCGAGCAUAACGACGCUGGCGUGCGUUUCCGAGAUGCUGACUUGGGACGAGUUGACUCCUGCGCAGAGGGGACUGCAGGGGUUGGGCGGUAUGUAUGGUGGUUACUUGGUUGCUGGUAUCUUUAUGACGCUGGAUUGCUAUGCGAGGUUGGAUCAGAUGAUUGCGAGACAGCACAAGGGAUUGGAACCUGUGACUAAGAAGAAACUGUGAGCUUUACAGUCAUAUAUCGUGUCAAAGCUGCGUAUGCAUAGUACGAAGCAUACGGCGGGGUACUUACGAGUAUGUUUAAGCUUUGAGUUACUUAUCUUGUCUUGUAAGAGGUAUUGGAAUAACUCGGUACUGAGGCUAGGAAAUCACUACAUGCGUCAAGCCUAGUGACUUGCACGUGGGUGAAAUGGCAACACCUAAUACAGAAAAGAAAAUUGAACACAACAAAUCACCGCUCAAGAAAGUAACGUCAUUUCGGUACAUUUUACAAUCUGACAUUGCCUU